AGGAGGUUUGCCCAUUUCACUGGGUCACUACUUCUCCUGUACUCUGGGGCCGAAGAGAGGAUGGGCAGAGCAGCAAGACCCUUGGGAAGAAGUGAGAGAGAGAGAGGAGAGGGGCUGAAGAAAAGCCUGAAGUUGUGCUUAAGAUUGAUCUGGGGUAGGUGUGAGAGCUGAACACCUCACUGUGCCUUUGGUUUCUUCUUGCCCUAGAGAAACCAUCAGUGAAGACCCUGACGUGAGCUGUGAAGUAAGCAGAGCCUUGUCUCCAUUGGCCUUCCCAAGUGCCUGCCAUCUGAGAUCUCAACCAUGUCUCACCCAUCAUGGCUGCCCCCCAAAAGUACUGGAGAGCCUAUCGGUCAUGUGUCUGCCCGGAUGGAGACCACCCCUUCUUUUGGGACUCCCAGCAUCUCUGUGUCCAUGCAGCAGUCACCCAAGAAAUUUGCCCCGGUAGUGGCUCCCAAGCCCAAGUACAAUCCAUACAAACCACCUGGAAGCGAUGGUGAUCUUCUCCCACCACCACCCCCACCUCUAGAUGACCUCGGUAGCCUGCACACCUCUCCAGGUGCUUUCCCCCCUCCGCCACCCCUUGAUGACACUGGUUUCAAUGUGCAGGUGAACACUGGGGGCAAAACUCUGGAAGAGAGACGCUCUAGUCUGGAUGCUGAGAUUGAUUCGCUGACCAGUAUUUUGGCCGAUUUAGAAAGCAGUUCUCCAUACAAGCCGCGUCCUCAGCAGGGUUCAGCCAUUCCCACUGCCUCACCUCCUGUCUCUACCCCUGUCACGGGCCAUAAACGAAUGGUCAUCCCUAACCAGCCACCUUUGACGGCCACCAAGAAAUCUACUUCUAAGCCCCAACCUGUGGCCCAGGCUUCUCCCAUCCCAGUAGCCCCGAUAGGCAUGCUGAAACCUCAGCCCCAACCAGUGCCCGCCUCCUACACCACUGCUUCCACCCCAACGAGGCCUACAUUCAAUGUGCAAGUGAAAUCGGCCCAACCCAGUUCGCACUUCAUGCCAGCUCCUCAACCCGGGCAGUAUUUCAAUCAAGGACUGAGCCAGACCUAUGGUCCUCAAACAGCUCGUGUUCCAGGACCUGGGCAGUAUGCCCCUUCUCAGCCCCGAGGAGGGCCCGAUUAUGGGUAUACACCACCGCCUCUGCGCCAGCCUGAACCUAGCUAUGGGUAUGCUCCUAAUCCGGCUCGUUACCAAGACGCUUAUUACUCUGGAGGUCCUGGCUAUGGGGGAAAAAAUGGCUCUGAACCAGCCUUUGGACAGCAAAAUACCUGGAAGCCAGAGCCAACCUAUGCCCCUCCAGUGGCCCCACCCCAGAAUCCAGCUGGGAUGUAUCAACCCCCGGGGACUAAGAAGACAUACAUCACAGAUCCUGGUUUAGCACCUCAAGCAUCAACACUGCAGCCAAAGAGCGGGCACCCAGUGCCAGGUGGGCCGAUAUCCACUGCUCCUACGUUCCGCCCUGAGGAUGAACUAGAACAUCUUACCAAGAAGAUGUUGUAUGAUAUGGAGAAUCCUCCUUCUGAUGAAUACUUUGGACGUUGUGCCCGCUGUGGUGAGAACGUAGUUGGGGAAGGCACUGGGUGCACUGCGAUGGAUCAAGUGUUCCAUGUGGAUUGCUUUACCUGCAUAAUAUGCAGCAAUAAGCUGAGAGGCCAGCCUUUCUAUGCUGUGGAGAAGAAAGCUUACUGUGAACCCUGCUACAUCAACACACUGGAGCAGUGCAAUGUCUGUGCCAAACCUAUCAUGGAGAGGAUCUUGCGUGCCACGGGAAAGGCCUAUCACCCUCACUGCUUCACCUGUGUCAUGUGCCAUCGCAGCCUGGAUGGGAUUCCAUUCACCGUGGAUGCCGGUGGCUACAUCCACUGCAUUGAGGAUUUCCAUAAGAAAUUUGCUCCCCGCUGUUCCGUGUGCAAGGAGCCCAUCAUGCCAGCCCCAGGGCAGGAGGAGACGGUCCGUAUCGUGGCCUUGGACCGGGAUUUCCAUGUCCACUGCUACCGGUGUGAGGAUUGUGGGGGUCUCCUAUCUGAAGGAGACAAUCAAGGCUGCUACCCCUUGGAUGGACACAUCCUCUGCAAGACCUGCAACUCAGCACGGAUCCGAGUCCUGACUGCCAAGGCCAGCACUGACCUCUGAGAAUCAACCAUUCUCAUUUUACCCACUGAGGAAUAGGGAGGCAAGGGAGGUUAAAAGUUUUAUUACUAUUACACUAUUACUUCAAAAAAAGUAAGAAAAAAAACAGAGAAGGGACCUGGAAGAUGGUUUCUAGACUUGAUAAAAUACCAUUGAUUGAGAGAUUGAUUGCUUUUUUCUAUUCACCCACUUAGAAGCACACUGAAAAAAAAAUGUUUCUAGUUAUCACCAGCUACAUACUACACUGCAGUUUAUAAUAUUUGAUUUGGGUGAGUCCUCCUAUAUGCAAGGACUCUUUUAAUUAGCACAUGAAUUUUAUUAAUUGUUCCUUUAAUUUUGCAUUCCCAUAACUUUGAACACUGGCAUUUGUCUGCCUUUCCUAUGGGUUGAAGAGCUUUUUAUAGAAUACUUUUACUAUCAAGCAAUUUUUAUUUUUUGAGGGUUGAUGCUUUCUGCUUAUACUUGCUUAGGCAUGUAUACAUCAGCCUUUUCUGAGGAGUGUCUGCUUCUGUAUGGCCCAUGUACUCAAAGGCUCGACACUCUUAUGAAUAUAGAAAAAUGUUCAUGUAGUUUACUAUAUUACCUAAAGCCAAUUCUGUGCCUUAAAAACAUUUUCAUGAAUUAUUAUGUUAGAAAUGGUUAAAAAGAGAUGAACUAAUAUAUUGCAUACCCUAAGUACAGCUGAACAUGUAGUGCACUAUCAUGCACUAAUGAAUGAUAAAACACGUAAUUAAGUGGUGGAAGAUGAAACUGAUUUCCCGUUAUGCUGCAAUAGAUUCAGAUCACAAAGAAUUCUUUUCUGGUGCUUAGUCUCAAUGAACAAAAUUUUACAUCUGAAAGUUUACUCUACUAUAGGUAACCAUAAGUAUGGCUUGAUUGAAAGAGACAUUCCUACAUUGCCACAUGUGUAUUUCACAUCUAGAAUAUUAGAGUUCUAGAAAAUUUAGUUGAACUUCUCAUGGUCUGACUAUUCCCUCAUUCUCAGGCCUCUUGAAAGGUUAAUAUUUUCAAAUUUUGGCUUUUCCAAAGAUGUGACAUUUCUACAAUUGCCCCAUUUUUCAUUUUGAGAAAUAAAAGCAUGAUUCCCAAAAAUACACUGGUUAAAGGAUGUCUACUACAAAUUGGUACUUUUCCUCUGGAGAAAUAUGAUUGCAGAGAUUGGUGUUAGCGUAUUUUUCUGGUUACGAUAAUGAUCAAGCCAUUUAAAUAUUUUUCCCUGCUAAAUGCAAAUGUGAGUCUUACAAGAUAUGCAUUUUGUUUUGUUCAUGAAAACAAGAAAAAAAACCUCAUGAAUUCACAGUUCAGUCUUUAGUUUUAGAAUGUUUUUAAUAUUCCAGUAAAACCUUAAAAUGUCAUACACAUAGUACCAGUUGUGCUAGAGAAAGUUUUGUUUCUGAAUUGCAGACAUGGGCCACCUAAACUGUUUUGUUUGAGAAAAGAAGCCUAAUUUAAUAUUGUUGGUUAUGCUUUCAAAGUUUAACCUUCUCUGCAAUAGUAUCUCUUUCAUAAAAAUUUCAGUAUAAUAAUCAUGGUAAAUUUUGGUGUUUUUAAUGUUUGUCAGAAUUUUACCCCCUUCAGUAGAAUUUCAUUUAUGCCUUCAGUAAUAUUCACUGGAAUGAAAAAUGGUUUGUGAUUUCAUUGUGAUAUGUUGAGGAGUGUUGAACAAUGCAGUUUUCCCAUUUUGAAUUCCAUAUCAUCACAAAAUUUUUCAUCAUUUUCAGAAAGUAAAUAUGUUUUAUUCUAAGAGAAUGUCCUGAAAACAAAGAGACCUUUUUACCUUUUUACACUGUAAAAUAAUGUCUACCUUCUGGAUAUGUCACUACAAUCUCCGAAGGUAGUUUUUAGCUCACUUACUAUUGUCAGUUGACUUAUUUUUUGGUGUGUGUGUUUGUAAUCAUGUGUUUAUCUGAAUUUGGCCAUCCAAAGCUAACUCAAGGAGAAAAUUAAUGAGAAAGCACUUUGGAAAAUGGAAAAUGCUCUGCAAAUUCAGAGUAUUAAAUAUUAUAGACAUCCAGGGCUCUAGUGACCUCAGUCUUUAACACUAAACACAUACAUUACCCAAUUUCUGGGGUCCUGUCAGAGACCUAUAUCAAUAUAUUACUGAGUGCUUAUUAUGUGCAGAGCACUGUACUAAGUGCUUGGAAUGUACAAUUCACCCUUGCAGUGUAGUAGUACCUAGUUGCAUUAGGUUGACAUUGGUGUCAGUGUCAAUUACAUCUCUGAAUUCCUCUAUCAUGGCAUUGAGGCUGGAUGAUAAGCUGUUCCAACUGCAGAGUAGAAAAUGGGAGUUAGAAUAAUCAACAUUUUUAAUAACUUUAUUUUCAAAUGUACAUAUCUGAGCAAGAUGUUGCCAGAAACUAAUAUCAAACUUUAAUGGGAGGAAUUUUACCUUCUUAAAGGAAGACCUAUCUGGUCUAAAUGUUGUCAAAAAAGUAAAACGGCCUGUGUGUAUAUUUAAAGUAAAUUGAAAGUGAGUGAGCUGGAAUUAAACACAUUUUUAAUAAGUACAGGGAAAGACACCACUAAUAUAUGUCAAGUUUUAGUCCUCAUGCAACUGAAUAUUUACAUGGCAAAAGAACAGGUAUUGUGAAGAGUAAUCAUGAUGAUCUUACUCUUGGGUACAGCAAAAUGCUGCUUUCCCACAAUCUUUAUACUACAUUUUAUUGUAUAUUCUCAUAUAUUUUUCCAAAGUGUUUUUGGCCAAAGAUUUUAAAGGUAAACCAGGUUUUUAACACAAGCUUUCCACUACUUUUGUAAUAAUGAAUGUGUACACUUUAAGUGAAGCAGAAAUAUUUAUAUUCAUUUUAUUCACAAAGAAGGGAGAGCUUUGGGUUGUUGCUUUUUCCUAUUUUUUUGAAAGUAACACCAAUUUACUUUUCUACUUUGUCUUUGCUAAUAUGUAAUUGUUUGAAUCAAUGAAUUCUGAUUCGCUAUAUUGGAUUUUUCUGUUUAAUUGAUUUUCAAGCUACUUAAUGAUAAUAUUGAAUUCAUGGUAUCGCUUUGUUGAAUUAUUUUUGUCACUGCAGAGUAUCGUUGCAUAGUUAAAUAAUAGGAGGCAAUCACAGACCAUGUCUGUGAAAAGAAUGCACCGUUAUGUUUAUAAGAUAUAUUCAUUAGGUUUCUAUUUUUAAUCACUGCAUAAGCAUUUGGUAAUGUUAUCCAACUGGGAAAUCAUUGCACUAAGCAGAUAUAAGUUUUUUAUAAGGAUGAUUUUUUAACUGUUCCCCAGAAAGCAUAAGGUGGGCACAUUUAAACUCAUCUUGCCAGUUCAAAAACUGCUAACUCCUUCUUGUAGUCAACUUAGGGCAGAAAUAGAUGUGGUGUCACAUGUUUCUGAAGUUCAAAGAUGGCUUUGAAUUUCAUUUUGUUUUGUUUGACUCUCAUGUCUUAUGCUCAUUGCACUUUCCAUGGGGGUUUGUUUGAUCGAAAUUACGUUGCUGGGAAUUGACGAUUAAUGUAGAGAUUUCAAAGCACCAAAUAUUUUCUAACUAUUUAGGGAGCCACAAAGGUUAUUUGGUAAAGUUCCAAGACAGAACUCUAGUCAUAUGUAUUUGUUCUUUAACAGUGUGGUGCAAUGGAAACUGAUUGUAAUUCUAAGGUAUGUCUAACAAGUGAACGGGAUCAAGGGGGAAUAAACGGGAUCAAGGGGGAACAACUUCCUAAACUUCCUAUGAGGCUGCAGAUUUCCUAGUUAUUGAAAAUCCUAUUAAUGUGAACCUCCAGGGAAUGACCGUGGUAUUUUUAGAGGAUACAGGUUGGACUUCUCUCAGAGCAACCAUCACUGUUUAGGAAGAUGCUGACCAUGUCCAUUUCUGUGUCAGUUUACCCCUUGGUCCCUCCAUUGCUGAGUUUUGGAAGGUGUUGGGAAAACUCUGGCAGCUGCUAUUGAGAUCAGGGAAACACGGAUGUAACCUCACAGCUUAGCACCAUUCCUUUUGGCUUGGUAUGGCAGUUUUUUCAUAUACAGUUGUAGACAAAUUACUAGUCUGCCUUAGUAUUUUACAUUAGUAGUUUAAACAUCUGUAACACAGAACUUCAGUACAUAGGCGUAUAAAUGAAAUGUAACACACUGUCCCACACCUCUGGACAGUCUGUGGGGGAAAAAGACAAAACGGACUAAUGACUGACAAGCAGAUAACCACCUUUGAAGGUUUUUAUAAGACUGUGUCAAAGUGGCUAGUUUCAUGUUUGUUUUUAGUUAACAGACUGACAUUGCUGUUAAUAAUCUACUGAAGAGUUUUAAAAGUUUUCUUUUUAAUUAAAAAAUAUAGAUGUUAGAAAACCAAAAGCCAGAAUGCAAAGAAGUGAGACAAUCUUUUUUUCUUGGCAAGCUCUAUUUCAAUUGCAAAUGGAGUUUCUAGAUGUGUUUGGCACAGUCCUAUGAGUCAAAAAGUAUUUUAUUAAUCCCUAACUGAUAGUGAAUGAUUCUGAUUGCAGAAGAUGAUUUGGUGUGUGUGUGUGUGUGUGUGUGUGUGUGUGUGUGUGUGUUUGUGGUUUGACUUUUCUGGUAGGAGUCAACCAUGAUAAUAAUUGGUUUGACUCUCUGUCCCAGAAUCCAACAGGAGCACAGCAAUGGACUCUUGGGACACAGAGAAAAGAACAAUCCCAUUCCACCUCCUUUAUUUUUCCUCAGGGACACUCAUAUCUUGAUGUUAUGGGCAUAGAGUAACCAGUAACCACCUUUGUUUUCCCAUUUAAAUCUAUCUAGAUGCCCCCCAAGGUCUUAAAACAACCUGUUCUCCCCAACACAAGGAGCAGCAUCGGGCUUCACAGUGAGGACAAACCAUUCACACCUUUGUCCCCUCAGAACAAGAAAAUAUCCAUGUGUAGGCUUAGCAGAAAUGCUAUAGUUGACUCAUUUAUAUGCUGUGACCAUCUUUAUUAUUGACCUCAAAUAGAUGAGAAAAAAAUUUCCUCCAAAGUAUGUGGGUGGUUGGAAAUGUAUUUUUUCUUUCCAAGUCUAAAUAUCUUCAGUUAAAAACCACUGUGAAUGAGUGAAAUUUCAAUUAAUACCUGCUCUGUUGAACAGAGGUUAGAUCACCAGUGUUGAAAUGAUGGGAUCAAGGAUCAGUGGUUAAACAAAAAUAUAAAUGAAUUAAAAUUUGCCAAAAAAAACUUUAAGGAAUCAUUUUUGAAAGAUGGAUUUUAUGUUUGCUAUUUAAUGCACUGCAAUGGCAGAGAAACAUUUUUUUCUCUUUAAUUUAUUUAACACAUUUUCAAUAGGGACAUGGAUCUUAAUUAAUUAUGUUAUUUUGGUAUAUGGCAUUUCAUCUUGCAUCCUUAAUUCAAUGGUGCAACCCUGGUUAUAUCAUUUAUAAAUAUGGUGAUCUUUUAAGAAAUAGGCUAGUCAAUAAGGGGUUUUGCUUUUUAAAGCAUUUAAUAAACAAAAACAGAAACUUAAUUUUUUGGAGUGGAAAAAUGUUUAGGUUCAUCAGUAUACAGUAUUUCCAUCUUUCAUGAUAAUUGAAAAUGUUGCUUUUACAUAUUAUUAUUUUAGUUACGUAUUCUUCAUAUGACACUAAUAGAAAGCUCUAAAUACUUAAAAUAAGUCCAGUGUGUGGUAUAGAGUUUGCAAUGGGUUGAGUAGAGCUUUUUUCAUAUGUUUUUCCAAGAUGACAGAUUCUAGGCCUGUAAGUUUACAAAAGAAAGAAAAUUGGGUUUCAACAGAAACAGCCAUGUUUUCAUUUAAAUUUAGGUCUCCAUCACUUGGUUGAAAACUGACAGAGAAUUGACCCACAUUUCUGUCUAUUUUAUUGCUCUAUAAGGAGUGCAGAAUUUCAAAGCUCAGCAUCAUUUUUGAAUGUCUUCUUCCACUCCCAAUUGUUAAAUGUUUAUAUGAUUUUGAUCUAGCCUUCGUUACUUUUGAAGGUGUGAGUAUUGCAAAAGCUAGAAUUUAUCCACCUACAAAUGCACUUUUGCAUUCAUGGUAUUUUUCCGUCAAAACUCAGUUUCUAGCCAUGAGUCUUUUGGUUUUUUUCCCCUUAAAACAAGGAAUUCAAGUGAAGCAGUAAAUGAAGCUAGUGCGCCUAAGUUCUUAUAUGUAACUUUAGGAGGAUUCCCAAAGGAUAAUGUAGGAUAUUAAUUGAUUCCAGCAAUUAGGCUUUUCCAAUAUGAUGUUGACUUUCCCAGAGUGGAUAUUUCAUGACCCAAUUUUUAAAUUGUUAAAAUUAGCAAUGCAUAUCCAAUAUUGUUCUUCCUCCUUACACAAAGAGCUAAUCUAAACAAAAGUAGAUCUAGCUUCCCAGGAUAUAUCACAAUUGCAUAGAGCCUAUCAGUAAACCUGUGCCUGGAACUGACUUCCUUUCUCCAACUUUUGAGUGAGGAGAAUGACUAGUUUUCUUUAAUAGAUUAGAUAUUAUGUUAAGGAUGGGUUUCAUUUCAGAGGCUGACCAGGCUUUACAAUACGUAAUGAAUUUCUGAAUGUAAGAGUCACUACUUUAAUAUUUAAAAGCAAGAUUUGCAUUAUUUUUUUCAACUGUGCAAACUAUUUAUAAGCACUCGGGAGUUUGCAGCUUUGAGUUUUGCCCUACAAUUUCAUUCAUCCCUUAUCAUGAAUGCUACUUCAUAGUAGUGUCAGAAAUAUUUUGUUUCCUUAAAGUCAAAACACUAUCACUAUCUAUCUAUCACUUUACUGCAGAGAUGUUGGAGAUGAAGAAGCAUAUACUUUUCCCCAUAUGAGCAUGGAACAUCAAUCAGUGACAUUGACUGAGUGCUUACUGUCACAAAUAAUCUGCUAAACCCUUGGGAGAGUAAAAUAGAAUUGUUAGAUGUGAUCUCUGCCCUCAAGGAACUUGCAUCUAGUGGAAGAGAGUAUGUGUACUUCUUACUCAUUUUUAUUUUUUUCCUCGACUAUCAGAGGCUCAAGCUUGGGCCUUUAGGUUACUGAUUGCAGUAUAGUCCAGGAUAACUGUGACAAUUUUUUGAUACUUUGAAAAAUGUAAGCAAUUCCAUCUUCCAAUGACCUAACCUGCUUCAGUCACCAAUGUGACCAACAUCUGUGAGUUUUAUCCCAAAUAGCACUGAUUAUCAGCCCAACAAUUUAAUUCAUUUUCAUGUCAUCUUCAAGAUUCAGGAUCAUGGCACAAUAUAAAUAAUUUCUUUAAUAGAUUAGAUAUUAUGUUAAGGAUGGGUUUCAUUUCAGAGGCCGACCAGGCUUUACAAUACGUAAUGAAUUUCUGAAUGUAAGAGUCACUACUUUAAUAUUCAAAAGCAAGAUUUGCAUUAUUUUUUUCAACUGUGCAUACUAUUUUAAAAGCACUCGGGAGUUUGCAGCUCUGAGUUUUGCCCUACAAUUUCAUUCAUCCCUUAUCAUGAAUGCUACUUCAUAGUAUCUCUUAGUUUCUCUCUUUUCCUCUCUUCCACCCUCCUCAGUUAUUUUCCAAACACAUCAUUCGUUUGUUCCAAGGACAAACUGAUUUUUCCACAAAUGCCUAAAAGUCUUUAAGCCAGAUUCUCUAACAAAAGUAGAAUUAGGAAUUUUAUGGGGGUUGGGUACUGGGAUUUUUAUUUUUUUGAUGUGUUUUCAUUUCUGAAGACAAACAUUCUUGACACUUGUCAUGCAGCUUAAUGUCCCCCAAGAAACUAACUCAAGGGAAGUGCGCUGUGGUUUCAUGGCCUGCUAAUAACAACCUUAAAAAUGUCAGUAAGGAAACUGUUGGGAAAUUUAAUCUUCUGUUCUAGAAGAGAAAGGGAAACCCAAUAGCAAAGACAUUAAAAUGUUUAAGACUUGUUUCCUGGGUCAGGUUGUACCAGUGAAAAGAAACCAAACUGCUCAUUUUUUAAAAGUACAUUUGCUUUUUCAGGUCACCACAUUUCCAUUUAGUGCUGUGAAAAAGGGAGUGUACUAAAUUACCUCAAGGCCAAACAGGUAGCCUCCAGUACUUGGGAGAGUUAUUUCCAAGUCACAGGUAGGAGAAGACCCACUGAAUCUUCAACUUCUCUAUUGAGGUGGAUGACACUCUCUAGUCCUGACCCUCAUCCCUUCUGGGCUUGAACUAUCUUCUUCUAUUAAAUAAAUGAUCUAAAUACUAUUGCACAUUGGUCUGUGUCACUAUGCGUGUACAUACACCUAAUUCCGGACUUGAACCCACUAGACAAUCUUCAAUUAUUGAAGAUAUUUUACAUCUGUAUUUUACAUUUUUCCUUUGAGUAGAUUUCUAUUUACAAAGGUUCAGUAGUUAAGUAAAGCCAACAUUUAGAUGAUACUGCUCCCUGAGAGGACAGUGGCUUGAAAGCUACUGCUGAGCAUCAUGUGAGGUGGGCUUUUUUUUAACCAUCACUUUUUAGUAUGACCAGAGUGAUUAAUCCUUGAAGAAGUGAAAUGAAAUGAAAAAACUCUUUUUUUUUUCUUAUCAGCUGUUCAAUUUGCUUAACUAUAUCUUUUUAAUGAGGAACCCAGUUGGCAGUGUUCUUCUGUGCAUUGGUUCAAACUCCUGGACUUUCUAGGCAUCUUAACUCUGAUGUUUGUCCUUCAUUAUCCUUCAAACUGGUGUCAAUCCAGGCUGUCUAUUAAAGUGGUGCUAUGUGAGCCAGGUUACUAAAUGGAAAUUGCUCUACAUCACCCCCUGUCCUCACCUCAGUAUUUUCUUUCAAACAACUAGGGUUGGUGCAUCUGAUCCCAGCAGAAAUCACAGAGCCCUGACCUUGACAAAAGUACAAUCUAUAGUUGGAUGAUGGGAUCUUCUUAGACUGUGAGACUUAAUGAAUGUUUCAGCAGGUAAAGAAAACCAGCCCACAGGGAAGAAAGUACAAGCACUAUGCAUCUUUCAAAGUUUCAGAAUUAAUUUCUGCAUCUGGAUUAUUUUCGGAUGAUAUCAGGAACAUUGCACAGCAGUAGGAGCUUAGGUGAGGAGUUUGAUAACAGUAGGCCAGGAUCAUGAGGGUGAAUCAGUGGCCCUGAUAAAAAAUGCAAUAAGUUCUAAAGUAUUUUUUAUUGCGUACAAAAUACCUAUGCAAAUUUCACUUUUCAUCCUUAAUACUGUAUGUUUUCCACCUCUGACUUUAGGAGAGCACAAUUUAUUUUGUUGUUCUUGGGUUUAUAUGUAGUUUUUUUAAAGACAAUAUUUCUAAGAAAGAUAAUCCUUCAAAAAUGAAAUCUUACUUUCAAACACAGGGGUUUUUCAGACCGGGAAAUUAAUAAUUUUUAGACCUGACCUAUUUCUUGUGGCUGCCAAAAAAAAAAAAAAAAAAAACUUGGAGCUUUUCGGGGCUGUUCGGAGCCAUUUACUCUUAAAAUAUGCCAAAGCAAUUUGAGAUGGGGGAGGAGACUGAGGUAUUUAUCUCUGCUGCUUGAUUUUCUCUCUCUCUUUAUAUUUCUAUCUGUCAGGGAAAGAGUAGAAAACUAUUCUUGGGCUAUUAUUAUUGAUGUAUUGUGUUCCCAUUGUGCAUGAAACCUGCUUUGCUAUUGUGCAGUAGGAUGGUGAUAAUAACCACAUCCCCUACUUUCCCACCCCCUCCAUUCUGGGGGUCAUAAAUUUUAAACUUGUGCAUCUUCUAUUGUCAAGAUGUUUAAACUUCUUUUUUGAGCUAUUUUUUAGACUCUGAAAUGGGAGAAGAGGUAUGCAUUUUGGGUUAAUUUCUUUUUCACUUUAUUUCCUUGAGAGAUUGGUCUGGAAAGACCCAGCCAGUCCUACCUGUCUCUCUAAGGUUGACAGAAGGCAGCACCCAGGAUUCUUACGACCAAGAAAAAACCCAAAGUUCCAUGUUACCCGCCAAUUUGUUUAAGUUCCCUGGGUGUUACUUGGUGGGGGAAGCUGAGUUUUAGGAGUGCAAAUAGCAGUGGACCUAGUCUCAUUUUAAAUUGAAAUUGAAAUUAAGAUGGUAGAAGGUUUUGUUCACAUUCUGCUGUGUAUAUGUGUUCAGUGAAAAUCUAGUGGCUGACAGCUCAGCUACUUUUGGAUCAGAAAUGAAAAUACCUGGCCCCUGCUCAAACCCACCAUGUCCAUUUGUCUUAAUUCAAGUGAAAUGAAGAAACCCAAAAAGCCAGUUUGGAUAGAAGUCUUAGAAAUAAAUAGCUUUCCGAGAAUUUAGGACAUCUUGCUCUGCCCACCUGAGUAAAGAGUUUUGCUGCAUUCGUGGUGGGGAUUCCUAAGGUAAUUCAGAUUACUACCAUUUUACUACCUCCCAGGUUGAGAAUGAUUAAGCAUAGACCUUAAUUUUGUAUGUUAGUGGUUGCUUUUUUUUGUUUUGUUUCAUUUCAUUUUUGUGGACUACCAAUCAGUGAUUGGGAUUAUUAAUAAUUUGAGGAAAGAAAUGGUUUUUGCAUCCACAUGGAGAGUUAUGGAGACCAAUUCCAUCCUGGCUAGGGAAUAUUCAAGCAAAAUGAGAGACAAAAUUAGUGGGGUUUUUUUUUUUCCUCUAUUGGGGUAGCAGAAAAAAAGCCACCUUCUAAUUCACUCUAAACUACAGAUUAAAAUUUGAACACUUCUGUGCAAAUAUUUUUUUUCUGGUUUUGUCCACACCUCUAGCUCUUUAUAAGAUUAGUGUUUUUCCACACAUCUAUGCAGUAAAUCAUUUUAACUUUCAUUUUUCAUUCUCAGUUGCACAGUUAGUAGAUGUGGACCUGAUUCUUCACUUUGGACUCUGGGAAUAUGUGCAAUUAUGAGAUGGAAAGAGAAAUGAAGGUUGUGAUUCUUCUGAAUACUGGUUCUGGUACCAAAACCGAUAUUGCAUCAGUAUUCAGCAAAUCAGUUUAUUGGUUUCCCUUGAGAUGCCAGAGCAGGAUUUGUUUGUGGCUUUAUGGUAGUCACCUCUCCUUCACCACCAUCUUGUCUUUUUUUAAGUAAACAGUUGCACUUUCCCCAAAGCUGCCUUACUGAUAGUGCUAGUUUAACUGGCAAGCCAUCUCCUGUACUGAUUUCAGCCAUUUCCUGACAGUUUUAUUUACAAGACUGACACAAAUCUUUGAGCUUCUGUUGAGCAGAUACAUUUGCAGAGAAAUUAUCAGUAAAUGCAGGUUUUACUACCAUUAGUUUUAAACUUACAUUAAAAUGGGGCCAUCCUGAGAAAUCAAAGAGUUAUUUGUAUAUACCCCUUGCACACAUGAAAAGAGUUACUAGGAUACAAUCAAAAACAUAAAGGUGAAGGGAGGAAAUGAUUGAGAUUUCUUUUUUUAAAUAAUGGCAAAUGGAAAUGAGACACUGAUUUCAAGUAUUCCCUCUCUAAGCGACAAAACUUUAAGUAUAUUCCUGCAGAACCUCUAGCUAACACUACAAUUUUGUAUUUAUCCUCAUAGAUGCUCAUAUAUUUGAGUCCUCCUUUACUGUAUUUAAUAAAGGCGAGAUUUAGUUGAGUUGAUCAUAGCAUUCAGUUAGGCAUUUGUGCUUGAAAAUAUAUCAACUCCAAGGAUGUGUUGUUGUUUUUUUAAACUAGGUGGUGGUAAAUUUAAGUCAUCAAUAUUUCUCCUUCCCUUAUCUCUCAGUUUAACAUUAGAGAACACUACAGAGAAGUCUUGGCUUCCCUAUUUGCAAGUUCAGGAUGCCAAAUGUCCAUGCCAGAUCCUCAAUGUGUUCUCACUUUGAUUCCUGAAAAUAGUAACACAUGUUAUUUUAUAAAAUUGCUUCCAAUGAUUUGCAACUGAUGGAUGGGUUUCGAGCUAGGGAGGCAGCAGGUUUGAACCUCAGCUUGUUCUCCUGCACAUUCUAAGGCCAAAGGUAUGGUUUCAGGUCUAAUUUGAAGAUCAGGCCAGAUUGUAAAUAAGCUCUCUGUAGAAGGAAGAGGGUUGCAGAGAAGAUUCCCUAUAAGAAUGAUCUAGUGCAUAGUAUUCUUUAAACUGGCUGGAAAUAAUGAUUCCUAAAGCCUCCUAGGUUGAGAUUUAUCUCUCUCUCUCUCUCUCUCUCCCCUUCAAAGUCCUCCGGUCAUAAUUCAUUGAAACUAGCCAGGUUCAGAAGAGAAGGCUUAUUCUUGUUGUUCUUCCCAGGCACAAGGAAGUCACUUGCCAUAAUUCCCCACUGAAUUUGCCUAAUAGUUACACAGAUGAGAGUAAUAAUAAUAACAACAAUAACAACUGUGGUAUUUGUUAAGCACUUACUAUGUGUCAAGCU